CUCCCUUCCUCCGUCUCUCAGGGAAACUACCUCUCCUCCGGAUCACUUCUUUAAAUGCGCUGAAAGAGGAUCUACAAGGGUGUGUGCGGCCUCUCCGCUUGUCCCCCCGUGACAUCCGAACGUCAGAAGCCCUUCUCCCUCACGCCGCGCUGAGGCCAGGCUGUCUUCCAUGGCGCUGGUGAAGCUUCUGAGUUUUGGGAAACAGUUGCUGAGGGUGAAGGUGAUCAACUGCAACUCGGAGGAAUCCCGUUUGUCCCGAUGCCUCAACACCUUUGACCUGGUCGCCCUGGGGGUGGGCAGCACGUUGGGCGCUGGCGUUUACGUGCUCGCUGGUGCUGUUGCGCGAGAGAAUUCAGGUCCUGCGAUCGUGCUGUCUUUCCUGAUAGCGGCCUUGGCCUCAGUGUUGGCCGGUCUUUGCUACGCCGAGUUUGGCGCCCGGGUCCCGAAGACAGGCUCGGCUUAUCUCUACUCCUAUGUGACUGUAGGAGAACUGUGGGCCUUUAUCACCGGAUGGAACCUCAUCCUCUCGUAUAUCAUCGGAACCUCCAGUGUGGCCCGGGCUUGGAGUGCUACGUUUGACGAGUUGGUAGGAAAGCGCAUUGAGCAGUUCUGCAGGGAGUACAUGUCCAUGAAAGCUCCGGGCAUUUUGGCAGAGUAUCCUGACAUGUUCGCUGUUCUCAUCAUCAUCACUCUUACGGGUCUGCUGGCUUUCGGGGUCAAAGAGUCGGCGAUGGUGAACAAGGUGUUCACUUGCAUCAACAUCCUGGUCCUGCUGUUCAUGGUGGUCUCUGGCCUGGUCAAAGGGACGAUGAAGAACUGGCAGCUUGACCCCGAAGAGAUCCUCCAUGGCAAUUUCAAUAAUAUAACUAACUCCACGUCAAAUCUUACUCAGAUUCUUCCGACCAGGGAGAAUCUCGGUGUGGGCGGCUUCAUGCCGUUCGGCUUCACAGGUGUGCUGUCAGGAGCUGCGACCUGUUUCUAUGCCUUUGUGGGAUUUGACUGCAUCGCUACCACGGGCGAAGAGGUGAAGAACCCCCAGAGAGCCAUCCCCAUCGGCAUUGUGUCGUCCUUGCUCAUCUGCUUCGUGGCGUACUUUGGCGUUUCCGCCGCCCUCACGCUCAUGAUGCCGUACUACCUGCUGGACAGCAACAGCCCUCUGCCCGUAGCUUUUAACUACGUCGGCUGGGGAGGAGCCAAGUACGCGGUCGCUGUAGGCUCUCUUUGCGCUCUCUCCACCAGUCUGUUGGGCUCCAUGUUCCCUCUUCCCCGUAUCAUCUUUGCCAUGGCACGGGAUGGCCUACUCUUCUCCUUCCUGGCCCAAGUCAGCGAGAGGAAAGCCCCCAUAACGUCCACUAUUACUGCCGGGGUUUUGUCUGCAAUCAUGGCGUUCCUGUUUGACCUGAAAGACCUGGUGGACCUGAUGUCUAUAGGAACCCUGCUGGCUUACACAUUAGUGGCCGCCUGUGUCCUGGUGCUCAGGUACCAGCCGGAGCAGCCCAGCGUGGCGUAUGAGAUGGCCAAUACCCAGGAGGAAGUGGAGCUGAGCGACCGUCUCAGUGUCCCCAGCAUGGGCAUCCUGCCUGGCAUGGAGGAGCGCUUCAGCUUCAGGACGAUGAUGUUUCCAGAUAAUUCUGAGCCGUCUGCGCUGUCGGGCUUCGCCGUUAACAUCUGCGCUUCUGCUCUGGGAUUGUUGAUCCUGGUCUUCAGUAUAUUAGCAGUGCAGGGAGGCACGGCCACGUGGAACAUCGCGGCCCUCGGUGCCCUCUUCCUGGUGUGUUUGCUCCUCGUCUUUAUCAUCUGGAGACAGCCUGAGAGCAAGACAAAACUCUCUUUCAAGGUCCCCCUGCUCCCCUUCAUUCCAGUGAUCAGCAUGUUUGUCAAUGUCUACCUGAUGAUGCAGCUGGACAGAGGCACUUGGAUUAGAUUUUCGAUCUGGAUGGCCAUAGGUUUCGUGAUCUACUUCUGCUACGGGAUUCAUCACAGCAACGAGGCGGCCGUGGCACGCUCCUCUCCAGACACGGAGAUGAACGGCUUCAAGCUGGACCGCCAGUCUGAGGCCAUGUCGCCCGAAAAGGAGGCCUUCCUGCACAACGGCAUUGACGACAGGGAAGAGGACGACAGAGAUUUGUAGGGAGAGCGUGCUCCUUCCCAGUCAGCCUGCCCUGAUGUCCGUCUGUGUGGGAGGAUAUCACCACCCCCCUAUUGGCGAUGCUCCCUUUUGUUCAAAGCGACGAUGAACAACUUUGACCAAAGAUUUACAAUGGUCUGACUUUCCCCCCCCAGCUGCAGCAUUUCGCUGUGAGGUCGUUUCCCCUGAGAUCCAGUGACUCAUCACGCCUCCUGCUUUAACUGGACGGCUCAUGUUCGGGACAUUUCACAGAGAGAGAGAGAGGCAGAGGCGAUCACCUUACUGCUUUCUCUUCAUGCUGGGCUGUAGUUACUUCUUUGGAGUGUUUCUGGGUUACAUUUCUGGCAGCCGGACUUUGUGCUGGAUGGAUUCAUUGUAUUUCUUUAUCGCUGCAUCCAUAUAUGGCCGUCAUUUUUAGCAAGCAGACAACACAGGUUAGUAUCAAAUAGACGCUGUUCCCAGGGCUUACAUUAACUAAAAGCAAAGCUUAUGUAAGUGGUGAUUAAAAGCUGCUCAGACAGUCCUCCCUGACGAGUGGGAGUAUGCACAAGACACAAAGCAACACACUCGGCUUGUGUGAUGCAAUUGCUUUCACCCGCCAGCAGGAACGGGUGUUCAGGGAAGUGACUGCAUGUGAAGGUGGGCCUGCAGCCGGAAUCCCCCUGUCUCGGGAUACGCAGUGUUGGGUCAAAGGCUUGGCCUGGUGUUCAGUUACGGCUAAUUGCAGCUUUAACAGAGGUAGUGUUGUGAGAGUCGAGAGCCUUUCCCAGCUCACAUGCCAACAUCAAAAGGCCGGUUUUGCUUUUAAGCACUGAUGUGAAUAUUACGAUGCCGGAACGUUGGGCCUCAUGCAACAAGCAGUUUUAUGAAGCGAUGAAUUCUGAAGUCUGAAGUCUGCAUUUAUAUUCACAAGUUGUUUAAAUCAGGAACGGUAAGAAUAAUUAAAAAAAACAUAAAUUUGGCCCAUUUUUUCUUCUCACGCCAUUACAUCAACUGUUACACAAAUCAUCAGCGCAUUAUAGAUUUUUACAAUGAUAAUUACUUUUGUCAGAAUAUACUACGUGGUGAGAUGGAUUUGAUGUGUGAAUGCGUCGGUGGCUGCUGAUGGUCAGUUGAUGCUGUGUGUCGUUAGGUGAUGUGAGUUCUCACAGUGCUGGCUGCUGUGUUUUUGCAUUUGUAGCUUGUAACAUAUAAAUUCUUCAAAAAGAAAAACACUUGGUCAAUUUUUUUGCAACGGUUUUCUGUGUAAUGUCUUUCUUUUUUUUUUUUUUUUGGAUGAAUGUUUGUGUACCCAACGCCUUUUCUCAUUUUUUAUGUGUUUUUAUUACCUUCGUUUUGAAGCCCGUCAUUUCCAGAUUGACUUGAAUCAUCUUUAUCAGUGUCAAUAAAAGCCCACGGAGAAAUUGAUCAGGUAGAAUUUGGCAAGCUUGUAUAUAUGUAAAAUCCUUUUUUUCAUCAAAACAUUAUCCUUUUUUUCUUACCUUUUUUUGGACUACAUUUAAUUUGAGACAAUACCAGUAAACAAUGUACUAUUUCUUUUUUUUUUUUUUUACUUUAAGGACUUCAUGCAAAAACACAAAAAACAGUCAAAUACAUUUUAUUGUGAUCCAUAUUUUCAGUGCAGACUGAUUGUUUGGAUAACUGUAGCUCUAACUUGUUUGGAGAUAAUAUAGAUUUUUGACCCGUAUGUGCAUUCAUUGCAGUUUUGGUAAUCCUAAGCAACAAAUUCACAGACUGCACAUAUAAACAUGUCCAUUCAACAAUGUGUAUAUAGGCUGUUGUGUAUAUUUCUUGCCGUAAAUUAUUUGUAAAUCCAAGAAAAGGCUUUUUGCUAUCUGGAGUGACUGAAUGUGUUUUGCUUCCGUCAUCUUUCUCUGCGCUCCUUAUGUUGCGUUUACAUGAUCAGUGCAACUUUGUGUUCUCAGGGUUGACAAAAUCUCUGCCUCUUUUUUCAUCGCAACGUUUUACAGCAGAAAUAUGUAAUAUUAAUCGGCAAUAUCACACAAUACCUCACAUAUUACCAUAACGUCUUCAUUUUUAUAAGUAGUAUAUCUCCUUUUUUGAAAUUAAUUAACAUUAUGCAGUUUGAUCAAUAGCGUUGGUCCGAUUUCUCACCAUUUCAUUUGUUGAAACGUUGCGCACAGUCUGCAGGGGAAUGGUGAAUGUCAUAAUCUCUCUGAUUAUCUUCCAAUGUGUUGUGCCGAAGCUCAGUGUUUACGUCUGAAAUAAAUACGAUCCGUGUGACACUGAUUCAACGCUUCUCAAAGCUGUGACGUAGUUGUUGCUUCUAUACAAGCUCCGCCUCAUCCUUCUGCUCAGUACUACAUCACUGUAGAGGAGCGAAGCCUUUUCUUUUGAUUCGUUGCAUAUUUCUUACAAUCUUUGUUCCUGUCCUGUCUGCUCUCUUUGUUAAAAUGUUUUGGAGUCUGAUAAAUGAUAAAAUGAAGCAACGUGACAGGAUGCUUCAUACACUGUAAUUACUGCAAAAGGCCUUGAUGUUCAUGAUCAGCCAUAACAUUAUGACUCAUCUCAAACAGUCCAUUGAAGCAAAAGCCAAGCUCUUGUCUUCAGUGGAUGCUUGUGAUGCAUAGUGAACACUGCAGACCUCUCGCAAGAGCUGCAGAUGUGGAGAUGCUCUGACCCAGACGUUCAAGGUUCAGAAUAUGACCCUUAUCAAACUCAUUCAAAUAUUUGCUAAUGUGAUUUCUUCCUGCUUCUUACUCAUGAACGGCAAGGACAAAACCCCGACUGGCUGCCUGAUAGAGCCUGUCUACUCAAAGGUGCUGUAAGUAGGGAAUAUCUGGUGUUUUUCACUUUAACUUCUAGGUGUCACACUGUCGUGGCUGAUCAGCAGAAUGUUAAAGGGAAGAAAUCCUUUUUUUCUUUUUUGUCUCUGAUUUGUUGAUACAGUAAUAGGGCCAAUUCAAGAAGAAUCCUGAGGGAAAGAUGCUGCGUCUCCCUCCCUGUCCACUCUAAUGGUACUGCGCUCAUCUCUGCUUCACCUCUGUAAAUUGCUUUGUGUUUUUGUUGUGUCCAUCUUGUAAAUAAAGCAAGCUUUUCAG